CAAUGGACCACCACUGAUUCAACCCCUCUCUCUCUCUCUCUCUCUCUCCGUCGAGCAGCUUCAACUGUUAAUUGACUUUUCUAAGAUGUGAUUCUCAUCUUGCCAAUCUCAAUCUCUGCAGAAUCAGUCAUGGUUGAAGCAGCAGCUUCCGCCAUAGCAGUCGAAGCCUACAAGGAUGGACGUAGCAUUUUUGGCUACAUCAGUCAAAAAAUUGACUACGCUGAUGAUUUCAAGGUCAAUUUUGAGAAGAUGAACGAGCAAGCAAAAAUGCUUUAUGCAAGAAGGGAUGAUGUAGAGGCAGAAAUAAACAAAAACAAGAUGAAGAGGGCUACCAAGGAAUGUGAAGGCUGGAUUAACAGGGUCAAGGCGGCCGAACAAGAAGUACUCAAAUUGGAAAGCAAGUACAAGAAAGAGAUCGUGCAUGCUUGGAGAUACGCUCGAUUCUGGUCGCGUGCAAAUCUCAGCAAGCAUAUGGCCAAGAAGCGUGAGGAAUUACAAGUCCUGCUAGAAAAAGGAAAGCUUGAUAAUGGGGUGGUAGCUGAAAGAUCCCCGGAGCCCGUGAGAGUCAUAGAUGCUCCUAGCACUGAGGAUAAACCUUCGCUACACUGGGCUGUCGAGGAGAUUUUGGGUAAUCUGAGGGAGAGAAAUAUCAAAAGGAUCGGACUCUGGGGAAUGGUGGGGACUGGAAAAACUACGGUGAUGCAGAAUUUGAAUAAUUGUGAAGAGGUUAAGAAAAUGUUUGAUAUUGUCAUUUGGGUAUCGGUGUCGAAGGCGUGGAGCAUUGAGAAGGUGCAAGAUGCAAUCACACAGCGUCUGAAGCUGAAAGUGGAGGGCGGAGUCAACACGGUUGAGACUGCUCAACUUAUAUCAAACGAGUUGGCAGACCUGAGGUACUUACUUCUCCUUGAUGAAGUUUGGGAUCCUUUUGAUAUACAUGAGAUAGGUAUUCCCAACAAUGACAAGGACAGCAAGGUGGUAUUUGCCAGUAGAUUCCGUGAUUUGUGCUAUGACAUGGAUGCUGACGAGCUUGUCAAUAUGAAGCGUUUAUCCGAUACCGAUGCAUAUAAAAUGUUCGAAGAAAAAGUAGGUCGAACUAUGAAAAAUCCAAGCAUCAUACCUAUAGCACAACUCGUGGUUAGAGAGUGUGCUGGUUUGCCAUUGUUAAUCGAUAAAGUGGCCAGGGUUUUUAGAAAGAAGGACAACAUUCACCUAUGGAGAGAUGGAUUGAGGAGCUUGCAGAGAUGGCCCAGUAUCAAUAUCCAGGGCAUGGAUGAAGUGCUCGAAUUCCUCAAGUUCUGUUACGAGGAUUUAGAUGGGGAGGAUAAAAAGGUUUGCUUUCUUUAUGGAGCAUUGUUUCCUGAAGACUGUGACAUAUUUGUGGACUAUCUGAUGGAAUGUUGGAAGGCAGAGGGAUUUCUCCAUACCAUUGACGAGUUUCGAGAUGCACGCGAUAGAGGGCACAACAUAUUGCACGAUCUGAUUAAUGUAUCUUUGUUAGAAAAAAGUGCGAUGAAGAGACAUGUCCGAAUGAACAAAGUACUUCGUAAUAUGGCCCUUAAAAUUUCAUCUCGAGUCUUAGACCAUAAGUUCUUGGCAAGAACAUGCGAGGGGCUAAAGGAGGGGCCAAAGGAAGAAGAAUGGGCCUCUGCAAGUUGAAUUUCUUUGAUGGAUAAUGACUUGUGCAGUCUACCGGCAACACCAAAUUGCACAAAUCUUUCGACUUUACUUUUGCAAAGAAAUUACAAUUUAAUGAUGAUCCCAGAUAGCUUCUUCUUGUCUAUGCAAAGACUACGAGUGUUGGACUUACACGGUACGGCCAUAACAUCCCUUCCACCUUCUUUGUCUUGCUUGACUGAUCUUAGGGCACUCUACUUGAAUUCCUGCACGCGUUUAAUACAACUACCUUCAAGCUUAGAGGCACUGGUGCAUCUGGAGGUGCUUGACAUACGGCGCACCGGAAUCAUCUCUUUACCUAUUCAACUUGGAAGUUUAACGCAUAUGAGAUGUUUACGCAUGUCAUUGUCAAAUUGUGGCGCCGGAAACCCAGUCUCCAAGGUGAUUUCAAGCAUUUCAUUAUUAGAAGAACUCAUCAUUGAUGUAGACCCAAACACUUUGUGGUCUGAUCAGGUCAUGAGGACCAUCACGGAGGAGGUUUCUACCUUGACACGGUUGACUUCACUGACGUUUUCCUUUCCUAAAGUGGAGUGCCUUGAAAUCUUCGUCAGAUCAAGCCGGCUGUGGAAGGACCUAAGCUUCACAUUUCAGUUUUCAGUCGGUACUUGCAAUUCGGUUAAGUAUCAUAUUCUUGAUUAUUUUGAAUAUCAGUUGUGCAAGUGCUUGAAGUACGCAAACGAUGAAGGCAUACAUCCUAUGAUCUCAGAA